AUGUCGUUUGGUUUGACCAAUGCACCAGCAGUGUUCAUGGAUUUGAUGCAUAGGAUUUUCAGGUCAUAUUUGGACAAGUUUUUAGUGGUAUUUAUUGAUGAUAUCCUGAUUUAUUCAAAGGAUAAAGAAGAGCAUAAAAAGCAUUUGAGAAAAGUGUUGUCAUAUUUAAGAGAGCACCAGUUGUAUGCAAAGUUGUCUAAGUGUGAAUUCUGGUUGGAAAAAGUAGCAUUUUUGGGCGAUGUGAUUUCCAAGGAAGGAGUCUCAGUGGACCCAAGUAAGAUUCGAGCUGUCAAUGAUUGGUCAACUCCAAAGAAUGUGUCGGAUGUAAGAAGUUUCUUGGGUUUGGCAGGCUAUUACAGAAGGUUUGUGAAGGAUUUUUCAAGGAUUGCAAAGCUCGUGACAAGUUUGAUGAAAAAGGAGCAUAAGUUUUCAUGGACUCAAGAGUGUGAAGAGGCGUUCAAGACCUUGAAGGAAAGGUUAACCACAACACCUGUGUUGACUUUCCCUAAUGGAAGUGAUCUAUAUGAAGUGUAUAGUGAUGCAUCGAGAUGCUUUAAGCAGGAAGUCAGAACAUUCAGUGAAUGUGAUGGUAUUGCCAGACUAGUUAUGUGUGGAAUUCCAGAAGUUGAAUUUGGAAGUGAUAGAGCAUGGAGAAGUGACUAG